ACAACCUUGCUACUGUGAGGCGAAUGGCCUCGGCUGGGGGAGGGCAGCGGGCGGAGGGAGGAGGGAACCGGGAAGAGCUCGAGACGCGACUCUGAGCGCUCCCCGCGCGCCGCGCCGGACGCAGCAGGACUCCCGGGCCGCCUGUCUCCCGGGGGUGCAGAGCCGGUGCCGCUCGGCCAGGGGGUCGCCGCGCUUUCAAGUUCUCGAUCCCGCCUGGAAUCUAGCCCCAGAGAACUGCCUUGGGUUAUCGUUCCCGCUUCCCUUUGGAAUGUGCAGUUUGGGACAGUGAGAAGACGGGGCUCGGAAGUUGUCCUCCCAGAGUUUCCAUCUGCAGGUUUCCAGGGUUAAGAAAUUCUGACAAACUGGAAUUCCCAGAGUCUAGGAGUUAAGCCUGAAACGAGCUGUUGCUUUAAGCGGCGCGGUGGGGAGUAGCUGGACACUCCUUAUUUUGGUUUUACAUUAAAAAGAGGGAGGCCGAGAAGAUGUGGUAGGUUACUUCCUAGCUGUGUAAAUUGCUACCGGGCUGUGAAUGGUGUUAAUAUCUGAAGUGGGCGACUGCAAAUACAUAACAAAGAGUUCGGGUAACAGAGGCAUCAGGACGCUUUGCAUCAGGUCACCUACCAGCGAUCAGCCAUUCCUGGGCUCACUGAGGAGGUUCGGAUUUGCCUCAAAGAGCACUCCAAAAUUUGAACUGAGAAAUCCCAAGGAAGCUGCCUGGAUUUCCCUGUAUAUUCUUAUUCUACAUCGUGAAAAGGACCAGACGAAUCAAAUUGCUGGCUUUUGCUUUCCUCCAACCGUGGAUGCCUUUGACAUUAUGACCGCAGAGGAUUCCACCGCAGCCAUGAGCAGCGACUCCGCCGCCGGGUCCUCGGCCAAGGUGCCCGAGGGCGUGGCGGGCGCGCCCAACGAGGCUGCGCUGCUGGCGCUGAUGGAGCGCACUGGCUACAGCAUGGUGCAGGAGAACGGGCAGCGCAAGUACGGGGGCCCACCGCCCGGCUGGGAUGGCCCGCACCCACAGCGUGGCUGCGAGGUCUUCGUGGGCAAGAUCCCGCGCGAUGUGUACGAGGACGAGCUGGUGCCCGUGUUCGAGACGGUGGGUCGCAUCUACGAGCUCCGCCUCAUGAUGGACUUCGAUGGCAAGAACCGCGGCUACGCCUUCGUCAUGUACUGCCACAAGAACGAGGCCAAGCGCGCCGUGCGCGAGCUCAACAACUACGAGAUCCGGCCGGGCCGCCUGCUGGGCGUGUGCUGCAGCGUUGACAACUGCCGCCUCUUCAUCGGUGGCAUCCCCAAGAUGAAGAAGCGCGAGGAGAUCCUGGAAGAGAUCGCCAAGGUCACGGAGGGCGUGCUCGACGUGAUCGUCUACGCCAGCGCGGCCGACAAGAUGAAGAACCGCGGCUUCGCCUUCGUGGAGUACGAGAGCCACCGCGCCGCUGCGAUGGCGCGCCGCAAGCUCAUGCCCGGCCGCAUCCAGCUGUGGGGCCACCAGAUCGCCGUGGACUGGGCCGAGCCCGAGAUAGACGUGGACGAGGACGUGAUGGAGACCGUGAAGAUCCUCUACGUGCGGAACCUCAUGAUCGAGACCACCGAGGACACCAUCAAGAAGAGCUUCGGCCAGUUCAAUCCCGGCUGCGUGGAGCGCGUCAAGAAGAUCCGCGACUACGCCUUCGUACACUUUGCCAGCCGCGAGGACGCCGUGCACGCCAUGAACAACCUCAACGGCACUGAGCUGGAGGGCUCGUGCCUCGAGGUGACGCUGGCCAAGCCGGUGGACAAGGAGCAGUACUCCCGCUACCAGAAGGCGGCCAAGGGCGGCGGCGCAGCCGAGGCGGCGGUAGUGCAGCAGCCCAGCUACGUGUACUCCUGCGACCCCUACACGCUGGCCUACUACGGCUACCCCUACAACGCGCUUAUCGGGCCCAACAGGGACUACUUCGUGAAAGCAGGCAGCAUAAGAGGCCGGGGUCGAGGUGCAGCUGGCAACAGAGCCCCAGGGCCCAGGGGUUCCUACCUUGGGGGAUAUUCUGCUGGCCGUGGUAUAUAUAGCCGGUAUCAUGAAGGAAAAGGAAAACAACAAGAAAAAGGAUAUGAACUUGUACCUAAUUUGGAAAUCUCGGCCGUCAAUCCAGUUGCCAUUAAACCUGGUACAGUGGCCAUCCCUGCCAUUGGGGCCCAGUAUUCCAUGUUUCAGGCGGCUCCGGCUCCUAAAAUGAUUGAAGAUGGCAAAAUCCACCCCAUGGAGCACAUGAUCAGCCCCAUCGCUGUGCAGCCAGACCCGGCCAGCGCUGCUGCCGCGGCCGCUGCCGCCGCCGCCGUCAUCCCCGCCGUGUCCACGCCGCCACCUUUCCAGGGCCGCCCCAUAACUCCAGUGUACACGGUGGCUCCAAACGUUCAGAGAAUUCCCACUGCCGGGAUCUACGGGGCCAGUUACGUGCCAUUUGCUGCUCCCGCCACAGCCACAAUCGCCACACUACAGAAGAACGCGGCGGCCACGGCCGCCGUCUACGGCGGAUACGCAGGCUACAUACCUCAGGCCUUCCCUGCUGCCGCCAUCCAGGUCCCCAUCCACGACGUCUACCAGACCUACUGAGACCCGCCGGGACCCGCCCCGCCGCCGCCGCCGCCGCCGCCGCUGAAGGAACUUUCCUAUUUAUGAAGAAAGAACGUGCAGGGUUAGCGCACGCGAAACCUGAACGUGAAGAAUGUUAUCAGCUACCCUACUGGAAUAUUUUAUAUACAUGAAGUUUUCACUAGUUUUUUAAGACUGUUUUCAAUUUAGCAGGAGGCCUGUGCUCAUACAUUUCCGAGAGACUUAACAAUGGUUUGUGCCUUAAACACCCUCUCUUAAGAAGUUUGUAUGCUGUAGUACAUUUGUAUCGGGGUUUUUGUUUUUGUAUUUUUAAGGAUAUAUUUUCAGUAUGAAGGUUAUUUUCUUAACUUCUGCACUCCAGAGAUUUCUAUUUUGUAGUACCUUCAGUAAUAAGUAUAUCAACUAUAUAUUAAAAAGCACACGAGCAGCUAGGGAACUAUUUUGAAAAAAAUAUAUAGUCGAUAUUUAAAGAUACAGACAGUAGUGCUUUAAAAAUACUACAUAAAACAUUAUUUUAAAAGUUAUACUGGAAAGUGCAAUUUUAAAAUGAGUGAAACCUCUAUUUCUGCUGGAAUUAAGGGUUGACGGGUGUUACCAUGUGUUACCCAUGGCGGUUCUGAUUUUUUUUUUUUUUAAAGCAAUUAAACACUCGAUCUCUCCUUAAGCCAACAUUGAAAAGACUUGUCACACUUCUGAGUCCAAACACUGGAAAGCUCUCACCUGCCACCAUCACCCUGGGCCCCAUUCGUUUUCCAUGUGCCUUGGCUCUUAGAUAGGGUCCCCCCCCCAUCUCCUGCUUCCCCCCCCCCCCCCCCCGCCCCCCCCAGUCCUCCCCAACCUCUGUAUUUGGCAAGUCUAGGACAAAUGAAUUUCUCUGACAGAGAAAACAUUGAUGGCUUUUAUACUUCUUGGGGUUUUGUUGGGGUGUUUUGUUGUGGGGAAUUUUUUUUUUUUGUCUGUUUAUUUUGUUUGGUUUUUUUGGUUUGGUUUAGUUGGGGAGAUAUUUUUGAUAGAGUACAUGUAAGCACAAGCUUUUCAUAGUCUGCAUAAGACAUCUUUGCAUAGCUAUUUAAUUGUCCGGUAUACAAUUUUCAUUCCUUUCCUAAUGCUUUUAUUAUAUUUGUUUUGAAGUAUGAGUUUGUAGAGACAGAGAACGUUGUUAUAGGCAAGACCCCAAAAAGACUCUUGUUGGCAGAAAGCUGUGCUUCUAGUUGCCUUGUCGUGUUUCAUGCAAAAUGUCUGUGGUUGUCAAGGGCGUUGGAAAUAUGUUUAUUGAACAGGGCUCCCCUCCGUUGCCGUGCACGUGGUAGGGGAACUGAAUUGGGGUGUGCACAGCCAGGAGGAAGAGAAGAGGCCUGCAGGAGUUAAGAGAAAAUUUGUAAAUAUCUCUUAAUGCUAGUUUUUUAGUUGUUUUAUGUUGCAGAAUUGCAAAAACAAAAACAAAACCAUUUUAUUUCAAUGUUAUUGGAAAGUUUUUUUAUUAGGAAGUAAAUGUAUUGUCACAGUGUUGUUGUGUGCCUGUUGAAAGACUUGUGUUUAGCAGAGUGAAUGUAAAAUACAGUAAAAUGUUAAGAUUGUCAUCCACUUUAUGAAAUAUACCACUUGGGUUUUUGUUUUUUUGGUUUUUUUUUUGUUUUUUUUUUUUUAAGGUUUUUAUCAAGGAAGUGAGGUGUGCAAUAGGUGGCAAGGACACGGUGGUGUUUUGAUGUCAUACUAGAGAUUCCAUCACAUCUUUCCACUCACUGAAUUUUUGCUGAUGGCUGGAUUCUUAUUGUGGAUUAAUAAUAGGAUCCUGCCCUUAGCAGGUGUUUUAGUUUUGUUUUACAUUUUAAAUUAAGAGAUUCCCACAUGCCCUCUUUCCCCUCAUCUUAGGGUGGGAUGAAUUUUUUUAUAUAUAAGCAAUAUUUAUUUAACUAGUCUAUAAAAUUAUUGAGUGCCUGUAAAGGCCUUUAAACAUUCCUAACGUUCCUCUCCAUCGUUCUUAAAUGACAUAAAGUAAUUGUGCAAUGUUCCCAAUAGUGAACCCCACAAGCUGCAUCCAAACUCCAGCCUGCUGUAAAUGAAUAAUCCGACACAAUGCAAUUAGGAUGAGAUCCCCAUUCCUUGACUUUGUGUGAAAGAAGGGCUCUCCAGUGAAGGAUUUAUUAUCACAGAGUUUCACUGGAUGAGACUCUGACCCAGGGGUCUUACUGUAUUUUACAUGUGCCUGUCAAUUAUUUGCAAAAAAAGAAAAAAAAAAAAACAUGGUGUCUUAACAUGCUAACUACCAAACUACCUUAAAAACAAAUAUUGGUGACAUAGCCAAUUAAGUAUCAAUGAGCCUCCUACCUAUGGUCUGUCUGUCCUUGUUGUUUCAAAACUAUUUCAUAUAAAUACACUACUGAGGUAAGUUUAUAACUUGAAAUGUGAACUUUUUUUUUAGGGUUAAGAACAAACUAUAAAUGUAAAAAAAAAAAAGCUUUCAAGUUCUCUGUUUUCAAACGUGCUAGCAAUUUAGUUAUCUUUAGUUGCUUUGUAUUUGAAAAGCUUUAAAGUUUAUUUGGAUCUUGCUUCAUUUACAGUACAUUCUUAGGAUGUGUGUAGUAAAUAAAGCUUUCUUUAAAGCAAUUUCAAGA